CCCGCGGCGGGAGGAGGAAAGCUUCCGGCCGGCCUUCCGGCGCGCGGGGGGCCUCGCUAGGGCGGGAAUGGCCGCGGCGGCCGAGGAGGCGGCGGAGGCGCGCAGGAUGGAGCUGGAGGCGGAGGCGAACCGCUGGGCCGUCCUCUUCUACGCCCACCAGGCCUUGCGGGCUUUCCAGGCCGGGAACAGCCAGGACUUUCGGGAGCUGCGCGACGUCCUCACCGCCGUCCUGGCGCGGCCGGUGGCCCUGGAGGAGCCGCUCCGGAUCCAGCUGCGGAUUAUCCAGAUCCUGUCCAGGCUGGAGGAAGGUGAGCGGGGGCGCAGCCCCUCUUUGCCCGGGAACGCUGGUCCCCCCGGUGAAGGAGGCACAGCAGUGACCUCCUCUAGAGAAGCCUCCUUGACCGUGAGCUGGAUAGAAAUUGGCGGAGCUUCCAGAUACGCUUCUGAGGUUGCUGUGUUUUGUAGGGCCUCAAGCCUGAAGCCGGCUUUCUACGUGCUUUCUGUGCUGAGAGAAGCCUUCAAGAUUCUUUCUGAUGCCCCAGACCCUGAGGAGAUGUUCCUGCAACUGGACAAGACUGACUGGACUUACUCCGGGCCACUCUUGCCUUCUGGCUCCCCCAGAGCCAAGCGCCAGAAGAUGGGAAACAUCACGAUCCAAGCUGACCUCAGCCUAGAGAAGAUCAGAUACCAUCCCUCUAUAAGCGACAUACUGGGUUGCAUGCAUUCCCCUGCAAGGAAGUCGACUGCAAAGCCACUUGUGACUUUGGAGGUCCAGUCGCCAGAGUGCAAGGAGAACCCCCCAAGUAUGCUGCCCCCAGGUUCCAGGAAGGCCAAGCAAGCUCCUCUUCCUGUCCUGCAAGAGAAGGAAUCCUGGAGCGAUGAGGACGAGAUCUUCGUGGACCAGCAAUCAGCGUGGUCAGUUGGCACCGACAUUUCUGGGACUAAGAAGAAGUGGACUUUAGAGGAGUCUGCAUGGAUCAAGGAAGGCGUGGAAAAAUUUGGGGAAGGAAACUGGAAAGUUAUUUCUCAAAAUUAUCCUUUUAAGGAUCGAACAUCUGUGAUGAUCAAGGACCGCUGGAGAACAAUGAAGAAACUGGGACUAAACUGAAUUUGAGGGCAGGCUGUGCCUUCAAUGUAUUGAGUUAGCUGUUGUUGUUGCCUUUAAUAUGUUAUGUAAAAUAAGUAAUAAAAUAGUUUAGUUUGCAGUA